AAAAGGAAAAGGGGGAAAAGACGGAAAAGGAAAAUGCCUCGCACACACACACACACACACUCGAAUGGACGCCUGCCUUGCUGGACGUGCUGUGGAUGGAUGGAUAGCUGUGCUGCAGUUGAUAGGAUGGGAGCCGGGCCCCGGACUGUCUGUCUGUCUGGCUAACUGUAUAAACGCCAAAACGACAGCAGCAUUUGCUAUUGCACCAUCAACAAAAGAAAAAAAACAACAACAACAACAACUACAUAAUUGUAUCUGUAUCUAUGUAUCUAUAAGCUGGCCCCGUGCAUUGUAUUGCAGAUACGUGCUCGAUGGUCCAGCAAAAUGGCGGAAUAAAAAGAGAAUGAAUGAGAAAACCAAAGCCAGGGCUAAAAAUGAUUUUUUUUUGCAUGUGGCAAGACGAAUGACAAAUGCUCUCACCUCUAAGCAGGCAUUAACAGCUCUUGUAAUAACAUAA